UCCAACACCUCGUCAGCAGAUAUUAGAUAUCAUAUCUUGCUGUCUUCGAAAGCUUUGUGAAAAUGGAGGCACUCCUACACUCUUGCUCUGCAGCUCAUUUAACUGCAAAAGCCUCAAAAUUGGAGAGUAGCAAUAGUUCUUCUGGAAAUCGAAACCCAUGCUUGGUAUUAGCAAAUGGGUAUUCUUCUACAUGGCCGUUGACCACUCAGAAGCUCUCUGUUGGAAGCAGAAAGUCGGUGAUUGUGGGGGCAAAGAAGAACAAUAAGAAGGAAGACACUCAUAGUUUCGUUGCAAAGCCAGAUGAAGCUACUGGGCCUUUUCCUGAAGCUGUGCUGCUGAAAGAGAAGAAAGUUCAGGAAGAUGGUAAGCUUCUUCCUGAGUUUGCUGAUGCAGAAGAAGAAAAUGUCUAUGAAUUUCUGAAGCUUCAGCUGCAAAGCGAUUUGAACGUGGAACGAAUGCGUCAUUAUGAGGUGGUGUAUUUAAUUCACGAGAAGCACGCAGAGGAAGUUGGGAGUGUGAAUGAGAAAGUUCAAGAUUUUCUAAGGGAGAAACGGGGCAAGAUAUGGAGAAUGAGUGACUGGGGCAUGCGUAGACUAGCAUACAAGAUACAGAAAGCAAAGAAUGCGCACUAUAUAUUGAUGAACUUUGAGAUAGAAGCAAAAUGGAUUAAUGAUUUUAAAAGCAUGUUGGAUAAAGAUGAAAGAGUAAUCCGGCAUCUUGUAAUAAAGAGGGAUGAGGCUAUUACAGAGGAUUGCCCUCCUCCUCCUGAGUUUCACACCCUGCGCUCAGGUAUGGAUGAUGAUGAUGAUGAUGAAGAGGAAGACGAUUAUGAUGAUGAAUAUGAUAUUGAAGAUUGGGAUGAAGAUGAAGAUGGCGAUGGUGAUUUGGAUGGCUAUGAAGAUGGUACUGAAGAUGAUAGUAUUAUUCUCAAAAGUGAGGAAGAUGAAGAUAAGAAUAAUAACAUAACGAAGCUAAGUAAGACAGGAGACAGAAAAUUGAGAGUUGAGAAAGUAGGUAGAUAGUUUUUUGUUGGUCUUACAAGAUAUUGAAAACUGGUAUGUAAUAGCUUUUCUUUUCUUUUCUAUUUUUUUUUAAAAUUUUUUUGGGUCAAUAGGUAUGUAAUAGCUUAUAGAAGUUUGUUUUAGUUGUUUAAAGUAAUAUUAUUGCAUA